GAGAUAUGGAGCGGGGGAACUACGAGAGCUGCAGAGUAGAGCCUUGGGGAGAUUCGCGCAAGUUCCCGCUGGCAGUCUGGCCGCCGUACCGAUCCUGCCUGGGCAUGGAGGGUUUGCCCAAGAAAACCGAUAGCAAAUCGGCUCCGAUCGUGGUUCGGUGCCGGUUUCACGACGAGGCUGUGAGCAGUUCCAGCCCUGCCCCGAGCCCGGCCCGUGGCCCUCGACCUUCUGCAGCCUCCUCGAUCCGACCCUCCAGCAAGGAGGUCUCGGAACGCCGGAAGUCCUCUGGCGUGCUCCUGAAGCGGGAUGUUGGUAUGCACCGGGAGCAGCAAGUAGGCCAGACACUGCGACUGCUGGAGACUUUGAUUUGGGAGGAUCCAGAGCUCCAUGUUUUGCUCCGAAAGAGCGGCCUUGUCUUCGAAGACGUGCGGGCCACCUACACCAUCGUCAUGACAGGGCAUGGCACUGCUAUGCUUGAGUACAUCGACGGAGCAAGAACACUUCGAGAAGUGCGCUCUGGCGGGGACUCCUCCGCCUCUGCCCUAGGUACGAGGCUUCUCUUUUCACCUGGCGAACGAGGCACUCUCCUCACAUUCCUGCGGCAGCACAACAACAAGCAGGACCUCCCACGGGCUUUGGCCCGACUGGCCUUUACUGCCGCAGUGUCUGCAGUGCUGAGCUUCGUGGCAGGACUGGGAGAUCGGCACCACGAGAACUUCAUGGUGACGGUGGAUGGCCGCCUGGUGCAUGUGGAUUUUGGCUACGCGCUUGGGCGGGAGCCACUGGAUUCAGUGCUGAUCCACAUCGCUGUCCAGGGAGGGCGUCCUGCCACCACCAUCCAAUACGAUGAGCUCUAUGAGGCGUUGGGCACCGAUCUGCUCAGCUGCAUAUUUUGGCCCGUCGUGCGGAAGGCCUUCCUGCGCGUGAGACGCUAUCCCGGGCUGGUCGCGGAGAUGUUUUACACAGCUUUGAUCCGCGAGCGGCGUGAUGUGCGGGGCCCGGCCAGCAGAGCGUGGAAGGAUUCGCAGGCCUUCGUGUCACGGAACUGCGUUACAGCGAUGGACACCCUGAGCGCCGAGAGAUUUAUCCACUCCCUCCUGCUGCACUGCACCCGCAACGAGCGCGGGACCCACCUGCGCGACGAGCUCAAAGGGCUUCGGCUUGGAGAGAAGACGUCGGAGGCGGUCUCGAGGGCCUGGCAAGCUGCGAUGGUCACCGGGCGCACCGCGACCAGUGGCGCCCGUGCUGCUGCGGGCACGGCGGCGGAUGUUGUCAGUGCCGGACCGUCCCUGCGACAGAUGCAGUCUGCGGCAAAGGACACGGCGACAGAUCUCAUGAAGGGCAUCCGUGGGCUUCUCUUCGAUGCUCCGAUGCUGCCGUAA